CAUUUGAGUCAAUUUACCGUCAAACUGCCCACCCGCUGCCCACCCAGCCUGAAUAUUCGUCGCGAAAAACCUCCGAAUUGGCUAAAACCCUACUUCUCAAUUCCAACCUGAAGAAGCCGAUUGAUUCAGAACUCUUUCGUUUUCUCAAAAUGCGUUCCUCCUCUCGACUCCUAAUCAAUCUUUCCAAGAGGAGCUCCUGGAAUCCCGAUCUGUUCUUCCCCUUAUCGACUCCUAAUUCGACUCUGUUACAGUCCCGAUCCAUCUUCUCCACGACGCAGCUUCAGGGUUCAUGGGUGGACAAGAUCAAGGGAGUCAUCACUGGAAAAAAGAGCACUCCUGAUGGAAGCGAAAUCAGCUCCCAGUCCUUCACUCUUCUUCGGUUUGCUGAUGAGUUGAAAAAUGCCCGAAGAGUGGGGGCAUUCAAGCAAUACAUUGUUGGAAGAAGCAGUGAAGCUACUUUUGCGGAUGCUUUUGAGAAGCAGGAAGCGAUUAUUCGCUAUUUGGGAGGUUUUGAUCCCACAGGAGAGAACAUCCAAACUAGCCAAAAGCAAGAAGCAGCUAAAAAUUGUAACUGCACGAUUGCUGAGGUUGAGAAUGCACUGGCAAAGUUUAUCUGGGCUAAAGAAGCGCAAAAGAAGAUUGAGAAGUUAAGGGAAGAAGGAAAACCUUUGCCGAAGAGUAUUUCCGAGGUCCAGAAACUAGUGGGUUCAAAUCCAUUGGAUCUUGCUAGGUCAAAUUUGGCCAAGAGUGGCCAGAUCAGCAGGAAUGCUUUAUGUCCUUGUGGUUCCAAGAAGAGAUAUAAACGGUGCUGCGGGAAGGAUCAAACGGUGUAGGAAGAGAACUUGUAUGUUCCUUUGAUUUUUUUGCACGAUUAAUUGACAAUGUAUAAGAAAUCUGUUAGAUUGAACAUUCUGUUCUAUUUUUAUCUUGUUUGUUGAGCCAUUUCAUGGUCGAGAUGUUGAGAUUCUUGUUUUUGCUGCUGGAAGAAUUUUUUAACGAAUGAAAUCCUCAUCCUUCAUCAAAGAAGGGAUCUUCCAAAACUUUUUAAAAGGUUUUGUGAUUUUCAAACUA